GUCGUGCACGCGCGGCUGGCUCUAUCUCACAAGUGGCCGGUCGAGCCGCAGCCGCUCUCCGCCGACAGUUAGCCGCGGUUUGAAUGUGAGGAGCCGCCGCCUCUGCCCGCCACGAGGGGAGACGCGUUUUCGGUUCGUUUGUUGGAGCCUUUUUUUUUGACUCCAGCCGGCGGGAUCUUCCGCGGACGGAGGGGCUCUCUAUUGUCCCUGGUUGUGCCUGUGUGAGCUGCUGGGGGACUGACAGGCGGCUUCUCCCUCUCUCUCUCUCCGUGUGUGUGUGGCUUGUGAUACAGGCGUGUUCGUGUUUCACGGAUGUUACCGGGAGAAGAAGAAGACGACGACGACGACGACAGGGAAGAAGGCUCUUUCUGUUAAAUUCCGUGUUGUGUGUUUGAGCAGGACGCGAGUGACAGGGGGGGUCCACGGGGCGCCUGCUAGCUGUUGAAUGGCGAGCUCCCGCUGAGCGACAUGAACAAUGAGUCCGUAGUGUUGUCUGCACGCUCGCGUGAGGAACACACGUCUCAUUCUGUUUUCACGUGCAAACAGUGAACGCAUUUUUUUAAAUUAAUUUUUUCAUCUGAGUGAAGUCAGGAUCGACGCUGGUCGGACACGCUGAAAGGCGCCUGGGAGGAUCAGUUCAGGCGCGGCCAGGGGACCCGACAAUGCGGAUUACCUGCUGACUGCUCGCCUUUGUGUCAGUACAGACCGUGUGGAGUAGAGAUCGCCUCCACAGGACCGUCAGCCUUGUUGCUCCACAACCGUGGUCUCGGGGCGCGGGCCUGAAGCACGAGUCCCACAUGUGCACGGGUUGUCUGUGAGAACAGAGCAGCGGAGACGACGAUGGCGAACGACUCUAUACAAAGUGACCCAGGCGGGCUGUCGGUCCUGGAGCAGCUCGGUCUGGACCAGAACUCCGAUUUCUCAGACUCCAGUGUCCAGCAACUCCUGGACGAGCAGCGCGAAAUGAUCCGCAGGGAGAUACGCAAGGAGCUGAAGAUCAAGGAAGGAGCUGAGAACCUGCGCAGGGCGACAACUGACAAGAGGAAUGCUCAACAGGUGGACAGUCAGCUCCGAUCUUCGAACCGCAAGCUGGACAACCUGCACGCUCAGCUGCAGGAACUCGAUGCUCACAUUGUGGUAAAGGGAGGUGAAGAGAAUAAAGAUGAGUGUCCUCAGUCUCCUGGGGCAGAGAGCCGAACAUCAGCCCACAAGGAUCGCAUCGCCGCCCUGGAGAGACAGCUGAACAUCGAGGUCAAAGUCAAACAGGGGGUGGAGAACAUGAUUCCCAUCUACGCCAACGGAUGCACCAAGGAUAAGAAGAUGCUGCAGACGGCCCAGCAGAUGCUGCAGGACAGUAAGACUAAAAUCGACAUCAUCCGCAUGCAAAUCCGCAAGGCCGUGCAGGCCACAGAGCACAGUGACGACACACAGAGUAACCAUGACAUGUGUGGUGUGGAGCUGCGUAUCGAAGAGCUGAGGCAUCACUAUAGGGUGGAACAUGCUGUCGCUGAGGGGGCCAAAAAUGUGCUCAGGCUUCUGGGGGCCAGCAAGGUCCAGGACAAGAAAGCCCUGUCUGAGGCGCAGUCUCGUCUGAGCGAGGCCAGUCAGCGGUUGGACCUGCUGAGAGACUCUCUGGACCAGCGUCUGGCAGAGCUGCCGGAGGACCACCCCAAGGCCAGCGUCAUCAAAGAGGAACUGGUCCUGGCCUCGUCACCUGCUUUCAGCUCCCGCCAUGGUGCCCCCUACCUCCACAACCAGUACAGCACCCUCAACAAACCUUCACCCCUCACUGGUACCCUGCAGGUGCAGCUGCUGGGCUGUGUGGGGUUGUUGGAGGUGGUCCCAGGUCGCAAUAAAGGGACGGCAGUCAUGUUGCCUUGCUACAGCCCCGGAGACACAAGGUCUUUCAUGAGGGGUAGCAAGGGACUCUACGGUCGGAGCGGCUCAGUUAGCGGGAAGACGCCCAGCAAGACGGAUGAGCUCUCAUCUGAGGUGAGUGCUGUGCUAAAGCUGGAUAACACAGUGGUGGGCCAGACAGCUUGGAAGACUGUGGGAGAACAGGCCUGGGACCAGACCUUCACCGUGGAGCUGGAAAGGUCGAGGGAGAUGGAGAUGGCAGUUUACUGGAAGGAUUACCGCUCGCUCUGUGCUUUGAAGUACGUGAAGCUGGAGGAGUUCCUGGACAACCAGAAACACAGAGUUCAGCUGGAGCUGGAGCCGCAAGGCCUGCUGCUGGCUGAGGUGACCUUUUUCAACCCGGUAAUUGAGAGAGUUCCUCGCCUCCAGAGGCAGAAGAAAGUAUUUUCUAAGCAGCAAGGCAAGGCGUUCCUUCGGGCUCGUCAGAUGAACGUGGACAUCGGCACGUGGGUGAGGCUGCUUCGAAACGCCAUUCCUACCGUCAACAACUCAGGAACCUACAGUCCCAAUGCGCACAGCCUAACACUCAACUCUGGGGAGAUCUCAGUGGAGAAGUUGAGUCUGGACAGCGACUCUCCGAUAAGAGGCGAUUACAAGAGAGACACGGACACACACACUCCGGUGAGACAGACAGAGACAGAGGAGGCCCAGGAGAUGGGGGAGGACCGACUGCCAGUCAUUGAGCCCUUCUCCCCACCAGACCUCACCCCUGAGUGCCCUGUCCGAACCCCGCCUGCUGGCAGUAAGCAGAGGAAAGGUCCUCUGUCUCUACAGGACUUCAGGCUGAUCGCAGUGUUGGGCAGAGGACAUUUUGGGAAGGUGUUGUUGUCAGAGUACAAGAAGACAGGCACGAUGUACGCCAUCAAAGCCCUGAAGAAAGGCGAUAUCGUAGCCCGGGAUGAGGUGGAAAGUCUGAUGUGCGAGAAGCGCAUCUUCGAGGUCGUGAACUUGUCGCACCACCCCUUCCUGGUCAACCUGUUUGCGUGUUUCCAGACCUCAGAGCAUGUGUGUUUUGUAAUGGAGUACACAGCAGGAGGCGACCUAAUGAUGCACAUCCACACUGACGUCUUCACGGAGCCACGAGCCGUGUUUUAUGCAGCCUGCGUGGUUCUCGGACUUCAGUUCCUUCAUGACCAUAAGAUUGUGUACAGAGACCUCAAGCUUGACAACCUGCUGCUUGACACAGAUGGCUAUGUGAAGAUCGCAGACUUCGGACUGUGUAAAGAAGGAAUGGGUUACGGGGACCGAACCAGCACCUUCUGUGGGACUCCAGAGUUUUUGGCCCCAGAGGUCCUAACGGAUACGUCCUACACCAGAGCAGUAGACUGGUGGGGCCUGGGGGUCCUCAUCUAUGAAAUGUUGGUUGGGGAGUCUCCGUUCCCAGGAGAUGAUGAGGAGGAGGUGUUUGACAGCAUUGUGAAUGAUGAAGUCCGUUACCCGCGCUUCCUCUCCACUGAGGCUAUCGGCAUCAUGAGGAGGCUGUUAAGGAGGAACCCAGAGAGAAGACUGGGCUCUGGUGAGAAGGAUGCAGAGGAGGUGAAGAAGCAACCAUUUUUCAGAAAUGUGGAUUGGGAGGCAUUGCUGCAAAGAAAGGCGCCCCCUCCCUUCGUCCCCUCCAUCGGCGGCAAAGAAGACGUCAGUAACUUUGAUGAGGAGUUCACCGCUGAACCUCCGACCCUCACGCCUCCACGCGAGCCCCGCGUGCUCUCCCGCAAAGACCAGGACAGCUUCCGGGACUUCGACUAUGUCUCCGACCUCUGCUAGUGGACUGUCGACUCACAGACCUUGAGGAAUGUUCGAUUUUUGGGGGGGUGGAGGGUGGUGGGGGUGGUCAGUCGGAGCGGAGCGACGGUCACCAGUGACUGUCCAUUGACUGUUUGGCUGCCAUUAAUUACACUGUGAAUGAAUGUGGCGUAGACCGAAAGAAUUCGGUCUGUGUUUUGUGAAUCUGAAGGGUUUUAAUGCUGGGACCGAUAGUUGAUGGGGUUAAAUGUUCUGUCACAAACGAAGGAAGAACAAAGACCCCCCUCUACAAUCAUUGUACAACACACCAGUGACUUGUGUAUCUUGCAAAUAUUAUCCUAAAACCUGCCUCCUCCCACCCUCGUGCGUGUCAGUGUCGUCACCUGUGCAGCUGCGAGAGGACGAGCUCUUUGUACUGUUGACUGUUUGGAGGUCGCCCGGUGGCCUCUCAUUACAAUGCCUUACAUUUGUACUUGUGUUUUAUCCACAGAGAAGCGUUUCGUUUUAAUUUGUGGAAGAGUGAUAACGACGUGCUGAAGAAAAAUACGCUCAACUAAAAGAGGAUUCACUUGUCAUAGUGGAAUUAGAGACUUUUAGAAUAAAUUUUUACUUGAGCUUUUCCAGCAGUCGUAUGAUGAUGAUCGUCAGUCGUGCUGACUGAUACUUGCCGUAUUAUGAGUUAAUUAUGGGGUAAAGAACCACUCACUGUGUUACAGUGGACUCAUCAUGGGGCAUCAUAUAUGAUGACUGUCAAUGCAUUGUUCAAUACCCUGCAUUUACUCAAUGUGUGUUUUUCUUUUUGGAUAUUUGGGUAUUAUACAUAAUUUGAUAUAAACAUGUGUAGCAAACACAAACACACACACGACCAUCAGCAUAAAAGCUAAGUGGCAAGCAUGUUGUUUAAUGUUUUUUAAUUGAAAAAAAAUAACUGAACACUAAGAUUUGAUGAAAAAGUGAGAGAUUGUCCAUUUAUGGGUUUGAGACAUGUUCAUCCUGUCAUCUAGAUGCUUUACGAGUUUUAUGAAUAUGAAGUAAUUUCCUUCCAAGACAUUAACAUCAGACUUUAAGCUCAUGUAACACUGGCUUUUGAUUUUAAUGUCUGUUUUUAAGAAUUCAAGCCAGCCACAGGUUGAAAUCUACCCACUGUGGUGACUGCAGGGUUUGGUUUUCAUCAUGGUGAUUAAAUCAUCUUUCUUUUAACCGAAAAGGAUUUAGAUGUUAGCACUGUUUGAAAAUCUGGGAGGUGUCACAAGCAAAAGAAACCUCACCAGCCACUUUUCCACAGCAGAAUGAAUGAGAGGGCUCGCUGCUCGGCAAUACAUUUCUCAAUGAACUCUAUCAUUAGAUGGAAACGGGCUGAUAAGUGUUGGAAACAUAUGAGCCAGUGGUAUAUACACAUUUUACCAUUUCUGAGUACAGGAGAUGUUUGUUACCAAGCUGGUAUAGUGGUGUAGAUGCUACCAAUCGUGUGUAUGACAAUACAAAAACAUGUGAGAGUAUGAGAGGACUUAUUUUAUAAAGAAAACAUGGAGUGAAACCUGUUAAUUGUUGUUCUGUCCAUGCAAGUGUGCAUUCAAGUACAGAAACUGGAAACAGAAGUAAAGAAGAUUGCAAUAACACCUCGAAUGCAUUUCAGUAAAUCAUAAAAAAAACUA